ACCAAAGAGAACGCUGUACAGUAAGAAAUAUGGAGUGGAUCUCAUCAGGUACACACAUGCUGCCAACACUGUCGUGUAUAGCUCCAACAAAAUAGAUGAUACAAUUCGAUACCUCUCCCUGCAUGACAACAAAUACAUUCGGUAUUUCCCAGGGCAUACAAAAAGAGUGGUUGCUCUUUCAAUGUCUCCAGUGGAUGAUACUUUUAUUUCUGGAUCCCUUGAUAAAACUAUUCGACUCUGGGAUCUCCGCUCUCCAAAUUGCCAGGGUUUAAUGCAUCUCCAGGGGAAGCCUGUGUGUUCUUUUGACCCAGAAGGGUUGAUUUUUGCUGCUGGAGUCAGUUCUGAAAUGGUGAAGCUUUAUGAUCUCCGUUCUUUCGACAAGGGGCCGUUUGCUACGUUUAAGAUGCAGUAUGAUCGAACGUGUGAGUGGACAGGCCUGAAGUUCAGUAACGAUGGCAAACUCAUCCUCAUAUCGACUAACGGAGGGUUCAUUCGACUGAUUGAUGCCUUUAAAGGAGCUGUCCUGCAUACGUUUGGGGGUUAUAACAAUAGUAAGGCUGUCACGCUGGAGGCAUCAUUCACACCAGACUCUCAGUUCAUCAUGAUAGGUUCGGAGGAUGGGAAGAUUCAUGUUUGGAAUGGGGAAAGUGGGAUGAAGGUGGCUGUGCUGGAUGGGAAACACACAGGUCCUAUAACCUGUCUGCAGUUCAAUCCAAAAUUCAUGACUUUUGCUAGUGCAUGUUCCAAUAUGGCCUUCUGGUUGCCAACUAUUGACGACUAAUUCCUACGCUGCAGCUGCUGUCAGAUGACUUCCAUACUGCUAACAGCAGCACAUUGUUGCAAGCAUAGUAUUGGAAUUGCCUAGGUCUCCUAGACUGUGUUCCUGUUCCUGCGUAUGUUUCCAUAUGUCUUACCUUAAUUUGCUGCAUUCCUUUGCGAGGACUCUUCCACUCGACCUCCUAGCAUGUUCAGAAGCGGCAUGCUACACGUUCUUACCUUCCAGUCCGUGCCAGCAGGCUUCAGCCGAAGUUGGAACUGACACAGUAUUAUUUCUAAGAGCAAUGAAGUCUGUUUUAUUUACAAAAUGUUGCAUUUUUUAAGCUGUAAUUGUGUGUUUUCCUUCUGUAAGUGCACAAGGCUAUUGAUGUUCCAAGGUGGAACGUGCAGUUCCUUCCCGUAAGUGCAUGUUUUUCACAUCUGGGAUCUCUGGUUUCACUGCAGUCCACAGAUGCAAAAUUACUUCUGUGCCAAAUGUGAACACUGACAGUUUUCAACUUAAACAGCAGAUGCUUGAUUCUCUUGCAGUGGAACACAUGCCGAAAGAGUGGGUGACUGUAAAUAUACGUUAUACAUCCUGUCAUCCUUUUUUUGGUGAUUUAGUGUG